UGUCCUCCUCAAGGGCUGCCUGGCUGGGCAUCGGGUGUUAAGAGUAUAGGACUCCUGCUCCAGAGUCCACGGAUGGGGACCUGCAGCCAUUUGUGAGGAGGAACUCAGAGGCCAUGAUCGACUGGCACAAUGGCACAGCGCCCGGCCAGCGGGAGGAUGAGCGCAGCGCUCAGGAGAGGUCAGAGUGUGUGCUGGCUUACAUCCCUGUCAUCUACUACAGUGCUCUGUUGUGUGUUGGAGUGCCAGUGAACAUCCUGACAUUGGUGGCUCUUUACCGGCUGGCGGUUCGUACCCAGAAGGCCCUCUACGUGUAUCUUCUUUCUCUAACCGGCUCGGACAUCCUCAGCCAGUUGUUCAUCAUCUUCGUGGGCUUCCUACUGGAAACGGCCGUGUUUCACAGAGACGUCCCUGUGCUGCUGCUGCGCUCGGUCAGCAUGAUGGAGUUUUCCGCCAAUCACGCAUCCAUAUGGGCCACCGUACCCCUCACGGUCGACCGCUACGUUGCUUUGUGCCACCCACUACUCCACCGACAGAUCAGCUACCCGGCACGUGCCCGGAGGAUCAUCGCGGUGGUGUUUACUUUGGCGCUGGCAUCCGGCGUGCCAUUCUUCUGGUGGUCGGACAUGUGGAGGGUCAGCCACGCGCCCAACAACUUGGACACCGCCCUGGUUUGGACCCACGUGACUAUUAUUUACUUUCUUCCGUGCUGCAUCUUCCUCGUGCUAAACUCCUUGAUCAUUCUGAGGCUACGGAAGAGACAGCGGCAGCAGAUGUGCCAAGACGAGAGCGGGCAACAGCUGGCACUGCCAGGCAAGCUGGGUAAAUCCACAGCUAUGCUCUUAGCAGUGACUUCUGUGUUUGCUAUACUGUGGGCGCCUCGUACCGGAGUGGUGCUCUACCAUCUUUACGUGUCAUCGGUGCACAACGAUUGGCGGGUACAUCUAGCAUACGACUUAGCCAACAUGUUAGCCAUGCUAAACACCGCUGUGAAUUUCUUUCUGUACUGUUUUGUCAGCAAACCCUUUAGAGCGGCAGUGAGGGACGUCCUGUUGUUCCGGGGGGCACCGUUGCACCCACGCCGGCCCCUUCAUCACCAGCGCAACGCUGCCAAUGCCUCCACCUCCUCUAUUUCCAGCACCAAACGUUCCCAGCGAGAGAUCACCCCUCUCUCUCCCAAAAGGGCAGACAUCAAGAUGUAGUCUAGCUUAAAGGCAUAGUUCA